GCGUAAUCUUACGCCAGCUCCGUUAAUACUUACGUUAAUACGUGCAACGUACUCCUCGUCCCCUCGUGUGUCGACCCGCGAACCAGCACAAACGGGCGCCGGCGAUCAUGGGCGGAUGUACCUCCAAGGAUACCGCCUCGAGCGAUGAAAAAAAAGGCGGAAUGGUUGACCAGGCAGUAUUGGACAAGCUCGAGGCUGGCUUCAACAAGCUCUCCUCCUCGGACAGCAAGUCCCUGUUGAAGAAAUACUUAACCAAGGAGGUAUUCGACGCCCUCAAGACCAAGAAAACGUCCUUCGAUUCAUCCCUCCUCGACGUCAUCCAAUCCGGUAUCGAAAAUCCCGACUCCGGUGUUGGCAUCUACGCGCCGGACGCCGAGUCGUACACCCUCUUUGCAGACCUCUUCGAUCCCAUCAUCGAGGACUAUCAUCGUGGAUUCAAGAAGACCGACAAGCAUCCACCAAAGGACUUCGGCGAUGUCGACACUCUCGGCAAUCUCGAUCCAUCUGGGGAGUUCAUCGUGUCAACCCGUGUGAGGUGCGGACGCUCCCUCCAGGGCUAUCCAUUUAAUCCCUGCCUCACCGAGGCCCAGUACAAGGAAAUGGAGCAGAAGGUGUCGAGCACUCUCUCUGGCCUCGAGGGCGAGCUCAAGGGUACCUUCUACCCACUCACAGGUAUGAGCAAGGACGUGCAGCAGAAGCUUAUCGACGACCACUUCCUCUUCAAGGAGGGCGACCGCUUCCUCCAGGCCGCCAAUGCAUGCCGUUUCUGGCCCACCGGACGUGGCAUCUUUCACAACGAUGCCAAGACCUUCCUGGUCUGGUGCAACGAGGAGGACCAUCUUCGCAUCAUUUCCAUGCAGAUGGGUGGUGAUCUUGGACAGGUGUACCGUCGUUUGGUGAGCGCUGUUAAUGACAUUGAGAAAAGGCUGCCCUUCUCCCAUCAUGAGCGUCUUGGCUUCUUGACCUUCUGCCCUACAAACCUGGGUACGACAGUCCGCGCUUCCGUGCACAUCAAGGUGCCCAAGCUCGCAGCGAACAAGGUGAAGCUCGAAGAGGUUGCUUCCAAAUUCAACCUUCAGGUACGUGGUACACGUGGUGAACAUACCGAGGCUGAAGGCGGCAUCUACGAUAUCUCCAACAAGAGACGUCUGGGACUUACCGAGUAUCAAGCUGUCAAGGAGAUGCACGAUGGCAUUGCCGAACUUAUCAAGAUCGAAAAAGAGCUUUAAAUGGUUGGUAAAGAUGAUAGUUGGCCUUUCAGCUUCCAACA